AUGGUAGAUUUUAAAUUUCAAGUCCGCACUGUUGUAGAGUUUCUUAGAAAAUUUGAAUGGAAAUCUGCAGACAUUGUUCAAAAUUUGGAGAAAGUUUAUGGGACAAAUGCGCAAAUUUAUGGGAAACCUGCUGUUUAUGAAUGGAUGAAACGAUUCAAGGAAGAUAGAGAAUCGCUUGAAGACGAUGAUCGCAGCGGAAAGCCUGCAAUUUCGGUCACCGACGAAAAUGUGCUCGCGGAGCAAGAAAUUGUAAAGCAAGAUGGACGCGUGUUGCUCCAUGAAAUAGCCGCACGAGUGCACAUCUCCUAUGGAUCAGUUCAAACAACUGUUGUAACUGGUAGCCUGAGACUGAGCAAGCUUUCUGCCCGUUGGGUACCGAAAGCGUUGCACGCAGAGCACGUGACCGCGCGAAUAGACAAUGCUCUUAACUUUUUAAACCGUUUUGAUGUAGAUUCUGAAGAUUUUCCUUCUCGAUUAGUAUCCGGUGACGAAACAUCGGUUUACCAAUAUUACCCAGAGAGCAAAAUUCAAUCAAAACAGUGGUCAUUAAGAAGUUCACGUGGACCAAUCAAAUUUCGCACCGAGAAGUCGGUUAAAAAGAUUUUAACGCCAGUUUUUUUCGGGCCGUGA